GAGAGAAACAAAUUUUCAAUAGGGAAAUACAUACUAUGGUUUUCUGAAGAUUAGCGGGUUCGUAACAAGCGUAAAGGAGCGAGAUUGACGCGUUUCAGUCACUGAGAACGUUUUUAUUUUUAAAAUGGAGGUUGACUGUUUGGCCCUGAAAGACUUGACAAGCCCCAGGAAGAGUUAUGCCACAAAGGUGGUGGAGGAGGAGGGGUCCGAGAGUGAACAUAAGGAAAAUCUAUUCCUUGAAAGAAGAUCCACACCACUUAAAUCCACAGACGCUGCGCUGGCUCUGCUCCUGAACAGAAAAGGCUCCAGUCCAGACCCAGCCCAUAUGACGCCCAUCAAACACAGCUCUUCAGCCGAGCCCUGGACCCCCACAGCCAACCUAAAGAUGCUGAUCAGUGCGGCUAGUCCGGACAUACGGGACCGUGAGAUGAAAAAGGUGCUGUUCAGACCCAUAGAAAACGAAACGGAGCUGCCCAAAAGCCCAGAGUUGAUCAUUGAAGAGGAUGCAGACGUGGACGAUUCACAGUUUGAAGCUCUGGAGGAGGACGAGACAGAGAAGAAGCCCAGUCGAAAGCAGAAGAGUUUGGGUUUGUUGUGUCAGAAGUUUCUGGCUCUUUACCCCGAUGACCCUCCUCCCAACAGCCCCAUCUGGAUCUCCCUGGACAAGGUUGCCAACAGUCUGGGUGUGGAGCGGAGGCGUAUCUACGACAUAGUGAACGUUCUAGAGUCACUGAUGAUUGUCGGACGCAUGGCCAAAAAUAGUUAUUCCUGGUACGGCCGGAGACGCCUGGAGUCAAAACUGAUGGAGCUGCAGAGACGAGGGCGGGAACAGGGAUACCACCUCCAGAUGGAGCCAGGAGCAGAGGGGGCAGGACCGACAGGGGCCAGGGACUGUGGACCCAACAGGGAUGACGAGGCAGAGGAGGGCAACGGUGGAGGCAACAGGAAGGAUAAGUCUCUGCGAAUCAUGAGUCAAAAGUUUGUGAUGCUUUUUCUCGUCUCCAAAACUCAAACUGUGACGUUGGAUGCAGCGGCAAAGAUCCUGAUCGAAGACAGCCAGGACUCCAGCCACAGCAAAUACAAAACUAAAGUCCGUCGCCUGUAUGACAUCGCCAAUGUUUUAACGAGUUUGGGACUCAUUAAAAAAGUUCACGUUCGAGAAGAGAGAGGGAGGAAGCCGGCUUUUAAGUGGCGGGGUCCAACUGAGUUCAACAGCACAGGACCACUGCCCCCUACUGGACUAGAGGCGUCACAGAGGAUCACACAGCAGGAUCUGACCCGCUUGAAGAUGUCCCGACAUUCAUCUUUUAACAUCACCCCGACUUCUGUGACUGUCCAGAGACAAGCCAACUCUGCCCCCAACAGUCCACGCAGGGAACACACAGUUGUGCAGAACCAGCCAGUGGACUAUUCCAGAAAAACUCCAGUGUGUCGGCUGCAGUUUGGGAAGUCUUCAGAUACCCAGACCCCAGUGUCCUGCCCCCAGCACAUCCUCCUGAUGCAGUCUCUCUCAGGACAAAUGUUGACCUCCUCUCCCCCUCCUCCUCCCUCCUCAUCACACUCCCACUGCCUUACCUACCUUCCCAGUCUGUCCCAGCCCUCUGUGGUCAUGCUCUACAGGGCUGCCGAGGGUCACAGGUCACCCGGGAUGGAAGGAGAGGAGAUGAGGAAGAGGAAGAGAGAAGGAGAAGAGAUGUCUAUGGCAAAGAAGGGCGUGAAUGGGUUAAAGAAAAGUGAUGAGGUGACAGUAGCAGAGUGUUCUGAGUUCAGCCACAGUCCUGUCAGUGAAUCCCAGCCUGCACAUUACCUUUAUGUGCCCAACAACACAGGUCUGAACAGCUUGAACUUCCUCCUCUCCUCUGCGCACUCGGCUUCUGCUCUCUCUCUCCCAUCCGGUUCUGUCCCAACUUUAGCUGUUCCCUAUCUCCUUCUGCCCCCCUCCUCUCUGCCCCCCUACCCCCUCAUCACCAGCCCCAUAAGGACGCCCCCUGGCUCCGAAGCCCACUCCAAACUGAGCUUUGGUGUUCCCACGGUGAUGUCUCCAGGGCAAUUAUUGGUUGGGACCUCUUCCGCCCCAGAGCAGACCAGAGUGUGCGGAGCGUCAACACCACACUCAACCAGAGGGACUGCACAAGAGACAAUGACACCUCAUACUCCUAAGGAAAACAGGACGUCUGCUUCCAAGUCCUUCUUCCAGACUCCAGCCACUCCAGAGAACUUGCUCAGUGCUGCCCCCAACGGGAGAAAACGGGGAUCGGCCCAAAGACGACUGAAUGUGGAACACCCCCCAAAUAUUUAA